GUCCAGAAGUCCAAAGUCCGAAGUCGAACCCCACGUUUUCCAUACCCCCAAAAGUUUCCACUUGAUCAUCCAGCCCACCAGCCUCCUCAUUCCUCUCACCGUCCUACGCCUAUGUCACACGACUGACUUUGGGUCCUCCUCUCUAACCAUUCUCCCCUAUUUAAAUUCAGGCUUCUGGCCCCUCCCCUCCACCCUCGCCCACCCUCGUCCGCUGCUCUACCUGCUCAAGCUCUUCUGCCAUGGCUUCCUCCACCUCUCCUCUCCAAACCAUCUCUUCGUCCCUCAAUUUACCCCGCCCAAGGUCUCUUCCCUCCUCGCCCACGACUGCUACUGCCCUCCUUCCCUUCAAGUUCUCAAACCCAUUUCUACCGCAGAGCCUCAGGCUCGCCAAUGCCCACAACCGUGUCUCCAUCCCCGCGAGAUCCUUCUCCUGCCGAAGCCAGGCCGACCCUCCUCCUUCCGAUUCUCGGAGACCCACUAAAGUUCAGGAGCUCCACGUCUACGAGAUGAACGAGCGCGACCGUGGAAGCCCCGCUUAUCUCCGAUUAAGCCAGAAAGACGUCAAUUCCCUCGGCGAUCUCGUUCCUUUCAGCAACAAAAUCUACAGCGGAGACUUGCAGAAGCGGGUGGGGAUCACGGCGGGCCUAUGCGUGCUGAUCCAACACGUGCCAGAGAAGAAAGGCGACAGGUACGAGGCCAUAUACAGCUUCUACUUUGGGGAUUACGGUCACAUAGCUGUGCAGGGGCCGUACCUGACUUACGAAGACACGUACCUGGCGGUGACCGGCGGCUCCGGGGCGUUCGAGGGCGUCUACGGCCAGGUCAAGCUCCAGCAGCUUAUUUUCCCCUUCAAGCUCUUCUAUACCUUCUAUCUUCAGGGCAUUAAGGACUUGCCGCAGGAGCUUCAGUGCACGCCCGUGGCACCGUCGCCCGCGGUGGAGCCCCACCCGGCGGCGAAGGCUUGCGAGCCUCAUGCCACCGUAGCUAGUUUUACUGACUAGUGAAAGAGAUGUCGGCCAUUGAUGCGGGUUUUUUUUUUUUUUUUUUUUUUUUAAUUUUAUGUAAUGUGCGGUGUGUUUUUUUUUUUUUUUUCAAAAAAUUUACACAUAUUCAGGCUUCAAAAAAUCCUCAUGAGAAAUUGAGAGCGGCCCCAUGGCGUCGGUGGCGGUGGUGACAGUGGUGGUGGAGGAGGAUAUUUGUAGGAAUGCGUGCGACUUUCCACAUGGCCGUAGCUGGGAUGGGGCUUAUUUGGAAAGUGCUGUAAUAAAAGAGACAUGUGGGCAGUAGAUUUUUUUUUUUUCCAAAAAAUAUCUGCUGCUGCAAUUAGUGUGGACUUAAUGAAAGGAGCCCCAGUCGCAGUGGGGAAGACUGGAAGAGGCAGUCGGGAUGAAAUAGAAAGUGUCCCAUGUGGAGACCCUGAAAUGAAAUGAUUCAAUCUUUGCGUGAGUUGAGCCUGGUCAGCAUUCUACCAUGGUGGAAACCAGCUGUAUGCUUUGCAAUUCGUUUGGCUUUUCCGUGACGGCCCAAGCAUAAUUGCAUUUCUAAAUUUCUUUUUAUUUCAUGAGAUUAGUUUUUUUUUAUAACUAUUCAUUUAUGAUAAUAAAAUAUUAUCAAAAACAUUUUUUU